AUGGCCUCAAUUGGCCUCAGGUCCUCCGUGACCACCCGAGCUCUAUCCCUUCGAACCCCACGCGCCCGUCAACUCUACUCGAAACCAUCCACCUCGUCGUUGAUCUCGUCACGAUGGUCGUCAACCUCAUCGAAGCGGCCUGACAGCCCCAGCGAUUCCGAGAGUUCCGCAACUUCGACGACAGACUCCGACACGUCCGUUUCGAGCAGCGCAUCCUCGACUUCCAACUCCAGCAGCAAGAUUAAUGUCUUUAGCAGCGACUGGGAAGACCUCGACACAUCCAUAAAGUCCUUUGACGACCUGCCACAUCGUCUGUUCGGCGCGAACCAACACAUGAUCAUUAAUUAUGAACUGAAGGAGGCCCUGCGUCUGAUGCUUCGGCAGUUCAAUGCUCCCAUUGUCUACUGCUUCGCAUAUGGCUCUGGAGUGUUUCCUCAAGAGGUUUCCAAGCCGAGCAUCUCCGAUGCCGCCUUCCGCGCCGUUCACCCCAACCCGCCUGAAGCGCUCGUCAAGGCACAAAAGGGCUCUCCAAAGAUGAUUGACUUUAUCUUUGGAGUGACGCACACUCAGCACUGGCAUUCGAUCAACAUGAAGCAGCAUCGCGAUCACUACUCCGGUAUCGCAUCUCUGGGGUCCGGUUUCGUCUCGCGCGUGCAGAAUUGGGGCGCUGGAGUCUACUUCAACCCGUACAUUGAGAUGAACGGAAUGCUCAUCAAGUACGGCGUGACAAGUAUUGACAACCUCGUUACCGAUCUCUCUUCUUGGGAGAGUCUGUACCUUGCAGGCCGUCUUCAGAAGCCCGUCAAGAUUCUCCGUGACCAUCCCCGUGUACGACUUGCGAACCAGCACAACCUCAUCGCCGCUGUUCGAACUGCGCUCCUUCUCCUGCCCCCAAAGUUCACAGAGGCCGAACUCUACAGCACCAUCGCCGGCCUCAGCUACCUUGGCGAUCCUCGCAUGGCUCUUCCCACGGAGAACAAGAGCAAGGUGACAAACAUUGUUGACAACAACAUUGUUCACUUCCGUCGCCUCUACGCGCCCCUAGUUAAGACACUUCCAAACGUCGACUUUUCUGGUCCCUGCCGCAUCGACGACCAAGACUGGAUCCUCAACCCUGAGGCGGUUAACACCCUCGAGCAGGAUAUGGAUCCCGUCCGUCGCGGUAACAUGGUGCGGCGUCUUCCACAGACCUUCCGCUCCCGCCUCUACUUCCAGUACCAGAAGAAGUUUGGCAUCCCUCGCGGCGAGUUCAAUAAGUUGAUGAAGGCCACUUCCGACGAGGAAAGUCGCGCUGUUCAUCGCAUGCAGGGAGGCGAGUUCGAGCGUCGCAUCGCUACGGAUGACCCUGAGAACCUGCGUGAGACGGUGCGGACCGUGGUCAAGCACACAGUCAACUGGCCCAGCACAACGCAGAGCAUCAAGGGACUAGUGAUGGGUGGCUUCUCACGGACGUGGCGAUACCUCGGCGAGAAGUUUUCCAAGUGGAAGAAGGGCCAAGAGAGCCAAAAGGCCAAGGAAAAUGCCGACAAGUCUGAGUAG